GUAUUUAGCGGGCAGCGGGGGAAGAGUGGGGUCCUAGGUUUCAGUGAAGUCCCUUUGUUUCAUUGUAUGAGAUCGUGGGCAGCGCCAGGACCUGCUGGUAGAAAUUAACGCCUCCGGGCGUUUAUAUCCACCCUGGAUAGACGGGAAAGGUGGAGACGGCAAACGCCGGCUGCCCUGUUAUCAGCCUAGUUCUGAUUCCAAAAGUACUAUGUAGGAAAGUUUAUGGAUUUUUUGAUUGUCAUUUUCCAUCCCCUCUUAUACUAGAAAAGUUUACAUCCUGUCCUUAACAAAAAUAUCCUCUCAUAGAUUUUCCAGUGCUGACUACUGACUGGGUCAUACCAACCUGUUGGGUUUAACACUGUUAUAGGUACUACCAAAUUACAUCACCGUUUUGGUACUGAAAGGAUUUGUUUGCAUAUUAACCGGCACCACUGCGCCCUCACUCUGACACCUUUAGCAUUAUGUGCCUUUGCUGCCGCUCGGAGUGGUGAAGUCUGAAAUAGUUUAUUUGGACGCUAAAGCCUCGGCCUUCAUACCAGCUCUCCUUUAAGUCUAGUUCAGGCAUUCAGGUACACAAUUAGUCCUGGGUGAGGGAGCAGCGGCCUUUUAAGAGAAUUCGGGGUUACACAGGUAUCAAACCGAAUUUAUUGAGGGGGAAACCCCUUCUCCUCGCAAAGAGGCGGGGCAUUAACAAACGAGGUGCUGGGAAAAGUAUGGUUACACCACAUGGAGGAAGCUUUCUGCUUGAAUGAACUUUGUCACUGGGAGCCGAAAAGUGCAUUUUAAUCCUGCCCUCAGCUUUGUAUUCAGACAGAUGAUUAAUGAUGGACCGUUACAAGGUACUGAAAGUUAUUGGGGAAGGUUCAUUUGGCAGAGCUCUUUUGGUCCAAGCUCGUAAUGAAAAUCAUCAAUACGUGAUGAAAGAAAUUCAUCUUUCAAAGAAUCCUAUAGGACUACAACAAUCAAGGAGAGAAGCCAUACUCCUUGCCAAAAUGAAGCAUCCCAACAUAGUUGCAUUUGUGGACUCAUUUGAAGUUGAACGGCAUCUCUAUAUAGUCAUGGAAUAUUGUGACGGUGGCGAUCUCACACAGAAACUUCUGCAGCAAAAGGGAAAACUAUUCCCAGAAGAAAUGGUACUGAAUCUGUUUGUACAAAUCUGUCUUGGAAUGAAGCACAUUCAUGACAAACGAGUUCUACACAGAGAUAUUAAAGCUAAGAAUAUUUUCCUCACUAAAGUUGGAGUGGUUAAACUGGGAGACUUUGGAUCUGCUCACCUUCUGAACAGCCCCAUGGCUUUUGCUCAUACCUACGUUGGAACACCGUACUACGUAUCUCCAGAAAUCUGGGAGAAUAAACCAUACAAUAAUAAAAGCGACAUCUGGGCCUUGGGAUGUGUCCUAUAUGAAAUCUGUACCCUGCAACAUCCUUUCCAGUCUAAUAGUUGGAAGAAUCUCAUACUGAAGAUCUGUAAAGGCUCUUACUCUCCAAUCCCAAGGCAUUACUCUUAUGAACUACAUUAUAUCAUAAAACAAAUGUUCAAAAGAAACCCAAAGGAUCGCCCUUCUAUUAACACCAUCCUUGCUAGGCAUUGCUUUGCUAAGCUAAUUAGCAAUUUUUUAUCACCUGAGAUGAUGAAAGAGGAGUUUAGUGAGCCGACAGCAAAAAAGAAAAGAUAUGCACAAUCCAAGCAAAAGAAAGUACAGAAAGCCAGUAUAUCAAGUAAGUUUGAAGAACUGUCCUCCAGUGCAGGUGGAAGCAAAGGAAACACGGAAACUUCAGCGGUACCUGCAGAUAUUCAGAAGUGGAAUCUGGCAGAAGGGGAGAACAUUGCCAAGAGCCUAGCACAGAAGACACUGGAAGAGACAGCUUCGCAAAUGGAAGCAACACCAAAGGGAAACCAAGUGAUAAUCCAGAGUAGGAAAGCCUCCAAUGUGCAUGCUCGAAAGAAGUGGAAUGAAUUCCCUCCAGACACAGUGUUAGGGAUUCUUGAAAAUGCUCCACUGUCAUCUAGUGUCCCCGCUGAGGAAGUUAGCUGUGGUGACAGUGUGACAGUUUAUCCUAAAUCCAAUCAGCGAAAACAAUGGAACCAAGUGCCUCCUGAAACAAUAAUGAAUUUCUUACAAAAUAUUAACAUCAACUUGGCUUCUAAGACCUACACAGUAAAUAAAGGAGUGUCAGGAACCUAUCACAUUGGCCCACUCUCGGCUGACACCGGAAAGGCUGAUAAUGUCGAUGGUGAAAUAGAAACUAUUGAGUUGGAUCCAGACAGAUUUGAACCUAGAUCUGAUGAUGAAGACACGGACUUUGAAGAAGAAGACGAGCCAGACUGGGUGGAUGAAAUGAAGAGUCUGCUGGAGAAUAAUCUUUAACCAAAAUGUUAUUUUCUUUUCUAUUUAAAUUCUAUUAAGUCAUCAGGUGUACAUUGUUAGCCAAAUGCCUGGUUGAAAUCCAUAAAGAAAAUUGGGCUCAAAAUGCAGAGGAUUAGUAGUCUUCUAAUUUUAAUUUAGUAAUUAAAGUUUGUUUAACUUUUUAUUUUAAUAAGCAAAUCCCUGUUGAAUCUUAAGACAUUGAGAAUAGUUUCCCUGCAAUAACAGUAGUCAGUUUAUUAACUUAAACUGAACGUUCUCUGGAAAAGCUGUGAAUUAAAGGCAAUACUGAUUUUAUGAACUGCACUUUGCACUCUUUGACUUUUCAUCUCAUCGACCAACAAUACUAAGAAUUUGUUUCUGCCCUUGAACUACAUCUCCCUCUCAUCCUCUGCUCCUAAUUAGCUCUAUCUGUCUGAUCUGUUACAGGUGCCAGAAUCUUCAUCCUUCUUUACUUCGUGUUCUCUGUACUUCUUGUCUUGAUUGUUUGCUCUUUUCCAAAGCUGCAUUGCUACCUGGGCCUCCUGGAGAAGGCACAGUCUUGAGUACUCACACAAGACACUGGA